AUGCAGUUCAUGCAACCUACCCCUAGAGGGCCUGCGCGUGCAAAAUUAGCUCGUAGGCUCGAAUUGGAUAGUCAUAGAAAUAUUAGUGUAGAGUUAAAUAGUACUUUAGAUUCCUCGGUAGAUUCGGUAGCUUACCAAUCAAUCGAGAUGACUGACGUAGACACAAUUUUUAAGGCCUUACGCCUGGUGCCAGAUUUUGAUGGUAACCCGCACGUAUUACCAAGAUUCAUUCAUUUGUGCGACCAAAUUGUUGCGGAAUAUAUUACCGCUAAUCCUGGCAACGAACUAGCAAAGCUCUGUCUUAUUAAUGGCAUAUUAAAUAAAAUUACUGGGCCAGCCGCGCGUAUUAUUAAUUCGAACGGCAUAUCCGAAAAUUGGGAUUGCAUUAAAAACGCACUGAUUAAUAAUUUCUCAGAUCAAAGGGAUGAGACGGCUUUGUAUAACGAUCUUAUGUUAGCCACGCAAGGGAAUAGUUCGCCUCAGGAGUUCUAUGAUAAAUGUGUUAACUUAUUCAGCACCAUCAUGACUUAUGUCACCUUACACGAGUCAGUCGAUACGACUGUAGAAGCUAAACGUGUUUUAUAUAAAAAAUUAACGAUGCAGGCAUUUGUGCGCGGUUUGAAAGAGCCUCUAGGCUCUCGCAUUAGAUGCAUGCGUCCUGAUAGUGCUGAAAAAGCUUUGGAGUUUGUGCAAGAGGAAUUGAACGUAAUGUACCUUCAAAAUCGUAACGAUUCAGUAUCAGAAAAGAAAAUUCAAAGUGUUCAAUUGCCAAAGCCAAUUCAAUUGGCUCCUAAUAAUUUCCCCGCGUUCAAACCAUUCAAUCCUGUUGCACGACCCCCUUCAAUGCCAAUAUGGCAGCCGCCCCAACAGCAGUGGAAGCCGAAUUUCCAGCAGCCAGCCCCAUUUAGAUCGAUGAACAUGCCAUCACGCACGCAGCAAAUGUUCCGUGCCCCACCACCUAACUAUAACCCUCAUCAAAAUAAUUUCUUUAGUGUGCCUAGAAAUGUUCCUCAAAAUCAAGGCCCUAAGCCUAUGAGUGGCGUUAGUCACUACGUCACUAGAGAGAGGCCUCUGACCACGCAGUUGACGGGUCAUGAUUGGCGUAAGCAUGGAAAUAUUCCAGCCUCAAAUUAUUUUAAAACUAAAGAAAUGAAUAUGAAUGAGUGUGAUAGUUAUGAAAAUUAUUAUUAUCCUGAAUAUUAUAAUUGUGAUGCAUAUGAUUACUAUUACGCAGGAAAUGAUUUUUACUAUCCGGAAUCUUAUUGUGUAGAACAGAGUUGCGAACCAUUAAAUGAGUGCCCUUCAGGCUACUCUGAUGAACCUCAGCCAUCUACUAGUUCCGUAGAAGAGCAGGAUUUUCAGAAGCGCAUGAAAUCAGACAAGUCAAAAUAG